UCGGCCCGCUCCUGGGCCGCGCGGCUCCGCCAGCUCCAGCUCCACCAUGCCGGGCGAGGCGGCGGCCGUGCUGGCCCUGGGUGUCUUUGUAGCUGUGUGCCAUGCCCUGGAGAACACGACAUCAGCCUUGAGCGGUCCCCCGGUGGCUGCGGCAGUGCGAUCCCAUUUUAACGACUGUCCUGACUCUCACAGCCAGUUCUGCUUCCAUGGGACCUGCAGGUUUUUGAUUCAAGAGGACAAGCCAGCAUGCAUAUGCCACUCCGGGUACGUCGGGACGCGCUGCGAGCACGCGGAUCUCCUCGCCGUGGUCGCUGCCAAUCAGAAGAAGCAGACGAUAACUGCCUUGGUGGUGGUGUCGGUGGUGGCCUCGGUUGUGCUCAUCGUGGUGUGCGUGUUAAUACAUUGCUGUCGGGUAAGAAAACGCUGUGAGUGGUGCCGAGCCGUGGUGUGCCGGCAGGAGAAGCCCGGCGGGCUCCUGAAAGGCAGCGCGUCCUGCUGUCACUCGGAGACAGUGGUCUGACAGCGAGCUGGGCCCGGUAGCUGCUGCGGAUGGACUUGCUACAGCUUGACAGCGGAGGCCCGUGCCGUUCCAGAGGCGAACGCAACUUCUUUCCUUUUUUUCUUUUUUUUUUUUUUUUUUUUCCUUUCUUUUCCCACCCCCCCCCCGGCGGGAGCUGAUGUGCGGGCGCUGUGGAGGGGAGGGAGGGCAUCCCGCGCUGCCCGCCGCGCUGCCAAAACCCUGCCGAACCGAGGCCGUGGGGCGAAGGUGUGAUGCAAGGGCCUCAUCUCCGUGCCAGCGAUGGGAAUUUUACGGACUGUUUUACAGGCGUUGGCCGCCUUGGACGCGCGGCACGUGGGUCAGCUUCGCGUUUACGCGGCUGCGACGACAGGGGCUCGGGGAAGGGGUUUGGACACCAGGACUGGAGUGAGCGAAAGGGCCGUUCGGGUCGGAUUCCUCUGUUUCCCUAGGACCGUGUUAGCGUCUGUCCUGCUUUGAGACGCUCCGCCGAGGCCGGCGCUUGGGUUCUCGUGUCCGUUGCAGGGAGGAAGAGUCACGUUUUCCCAGGGAUGUCCCGCCGGCCUGACUGCGGUGCCCAGGGCCGGGCACGUGUUUUCUCCUCCGGUGCUCUGCUCCCUUUCACGGGCACCAGCUGGAAGGGAGGAAGCGCCGCCAGCCCAGGCUGGAGACGGUGCCUUUGAGCUUUGCUUUCUUUUUUGCUUGAAACCUAGAGGCAGAAAGCUUUGCAAGGUGCUGGGGCAGGAAGCAAUGAGGGGUUUUAAUUUCUUCAAGCUUAGGGAGGUGCAAAACAGGAGCUGGAGGUGAUGACGGCAGCAAAACCGGUUGCAAGUAGGGUGUUGAAAACGCCGCUUGACGCAGGGCUUGCGGAAGCGCUGGCCUGGCCCGUGGUCUCCGCGGGCCCGGAGGCGCGUCGAAGCGAAGGGGGCUCUUGCAGACCGCUCCUCCGGCGCGGAAGCGGCGUCGCCCCCGCUGGGACGCUAGCGCGAGACCAGAGCCGGCGCCUCGGGCGGCAGCGCGUCGUUCUGCCUCUCGGCCGGAGCUGCCUGGCUCUCGGCCCUUCCCGCCGCCCCGGGGCGAGAUGCGCUGAUGCCCGAUGACCAAAUUCGACAAUCCAGCGUCGAAGCAAGCGCUCCUGGCUGGGCCCGCGCGGCGGGCAGGGGACUCGGCGGAGCGCGGCGCUCGGCCCCUCCGCGCGGGCAGCCUCGCGCCCGGAGCCCGCCCCGGCUCGGCUGCUGGGCUCGGGGAGCAACGGGCUCGUUGCUGCAGCGGGUUCGGCUCUCCCGCCUGCUGCAUCGAUUAGCUGCCGGCUGCCGGUGGCAUCUCGGGGCGCCGGGAUGCUUCCUGGGGACGUGCUCCGGGGGUGCUGGCCGGCCCUGCCCCAAACCCCCUCGGGCGCCGGCGGGCGCUGCCUGCUCGGCCCCCCCGGGCCGGCUCAGCCUCGCUGCCCCGCUGCUGUUCCUUCUCCCCACUGCCGACGGCCGGAGGUCCGGCUCCCCGGCCCGCUGCGGUCCCCGUUCGCGUCUCCCGCUCUCCGCUCGCAUCCCCCCCCCCCUCCGCCCGGCAUUCCAGGACCGGAGGGAAAGCGGCAGUGCAUCCGCGCAGCUCCGGCCGAGCCACUUCGCCUUGCGCCCCGUGGCGUGCCAGGCCACUUCCCGGGAAGCCGAACUUGGGUUUUUCCUCGAAUGCUUGGAUUUAUUCCCUUUUGUUUGUUUUUUUUUUUUUAAACAAAAAAAAGCCCGAGGAGAGCCCGAGCGGGCGGCUUUCCUUCCCGCAGCUGCGCCCCGCAGAGGCAGCGGGUUCCCUCCGUCUCGGCAUCUCAUGCAAUACGAGCAAAUCCCAAGAUGUUGCCUGGACCACGCUAACUGUGGGGACAAAUAUGAUCUUUUAUUAAUAAUAAAAUGAACCUUUAAUCCUAGGAAACCUCCUCAAGCUGGUGCUCUAACCUCCAGUGGAAUUGUUAAUCCUUUUCAUAGUCUUCAUCGUAACCAGCCAGAAGCUUUUCUUUUUUUUUUUUUUUUUCAUGGUUACUCUAAUGUCUUCUGUAUAUGUUGCACUGAAAGUUAAUAUUUAAUGUUUUAAUUUAUUUUGUGUGGUUAAAUUAAUUUUUGAUUUCUGUAAUAUGUUACUGUGAUUGGCUGUUCUUUUCCCCUAAUACCUGGAUUAUAGUUAUUUAAGUGAUAUAAAGGACACUUUUUUCAGAA